AUUUAAUGAUAGAAAUGCUUUUGAAAUGAAUAAACAAAUGUUGAAAAGGAUUCAAAUUGAGUGCAAAAAUAGUGACGGAAAGUGUAUCGGCGGUAGUAGUGGUGGUCAACAGAAUAAAGGGAUCGUAACGAUGAAUGUCUCUCUCUUUUUGAUUCUUCCGAUUCUAUUGCCGUUACUUUUGGUGCAGACAUUGUUGAAGACAUCGUCGUUGAGGACAACCGCCGAUGAAAGCAGUUAUGAUAUGAUUGAUAAAGAGUUGGACAAAGAAGUGGACAAAAAAUAUUACGAUAACUUUUACGGUCCGAUUGUGGUCUGA